AUGCAAUUUGCGUGGGGACAGUUUUUGUGUGAGUUUUGUGUGAAAACUCACACAUCUACUGCCAAGGAGAUCAUUCAGCACUUUGAGGGCUGUCCCGUCGACCUCCUUGUGUGUGAUGGGGCCCCGGACAUAACUGACCUUCAAGAUGUGGAUGAGUACAUGCAGGCCCAACUCCUCCUAGCUGCUCUGAACAUUGCUACACAUGUUCUGAAACCCGGGGGCUGCUUUGUGUCCAAGAUCUUCCGAGGCCGGGAUGUGACGCUGCUCUACAGCCAGCUGCGCCUCUUCUUCUUGAAGGUGGUGUGUGUCAAGCCCCGGAGCAGCCGGAACUCCAGCAUUGAGCCCUUCGUUGUCUGCCAGGGUCAUGACCCUCCUGCGGGCUUCUUACCAGACCUGACCAAACCCUUAUUGGAUCACACAUACGACCCAGAUUUCAACCAGCUAGAUGGCCCCACCCGCAUCAUUGUGCCAUUCGUGACCUGUGGGGACCUGAGCACCUAUGAUUCCGACCAAAGUUACCCCCUGGAUCUCGACGAUGGCUCAGAGUACCAGUACACUCCACCCACGCAGCCUCCCAUCUCUCCACCGUACCAAGAGGCCUGCACGCUGACGAAGAAGGGGCAGCUGGCCAAGGAGAUUCGCUCCUAAGGGUCCCUAUUAGCAGAAGACAUGUUGCCCCAACCCAUGGCUGCCCCCCCAUCCCACCCCCAGCUGGCCUUUAAGGUGGACGACAGUGAUAGGAGUUGCCAUAGCAACAUAUACAGCUGGUUGGACUCAGAAGCUGUUCGUUGUCAGAGAGCCAGAAUUUGCAUUGAUGAACUUGGUUUCCAUUACUGUCAUCGCAUCAAGAGGGCCUGA